GGAAACAGAAAAAACACAGAAGUACUUCAUAACUACUAUACCGGGGACAAAUUACUGUUUCUCUCUGUCUCUUUUGCCAACGGGGCGCAAUCGGCAUGGCUAACCACCAAUAUCGCAAUUCCCAAUACGGCGGCCAACCUGCGAGCGAGAAGUACGAUAGUGGUGUCCAGAGGCGGCCGACGGGCAAAGAAGGGCGUAACACGCGGUCCAGCGAAGGCACAGUUAGCACAGUCAUGAGCGCGUCGACGGGUAGAGAAUCGUCGGCGACCCACGUCACGGACGCUCCCGCAUACUCCAAGAAGAUCGUGGUGGUCGGCGACGGCGGCUGCGGAAAGACCUGUCUCCUAAUCAGUUACAGUCAAGGAUACUUCCCAGAGAAAUAUGUCCCGACUGUCUUUGAAAAUUACAUCACAUACCCAACCCACCAACCCAGUGGUAAGACCGUCGAACUUGCGCUGUGGGAUACCGCCGGCCAAGAAGAAUACGACAGGCUGCGGCCGCUAUCGUACCCGGAGACGGAUUUAAUAUUCGUCUGCUUCGCCAUCGACUGCCCCAACUCCCUAGACAACGUCCUCGAUAAGUGGUACCCCGAAGUCCUCCACUUCUGCCCGUACACGCCCCUCAUCCUCGUCGGUCUGAAGUCGGAUCUGCGGAACAAGAAGACGUGCAUCGAGAUGCUCAAGACGCAAGGCCUGACGCCCGUGACAACGGAGCAGGGCAUGGCCGUGGCCCGGAAGAUGGGCGCGCAGUACAUGGAGUGCAGCAGCAAGGAGAUGACGGGCGUCGACGAGAUCUUCGACAAGGCCAUCCAGACCGUCGUCGCCAACGACAAGCGCAACCUCGAGGCCGCCAUGGCCGCCGCCCCCUCCUCUACCGGCGGGAGCCAUUCUGGUAGCCGCUCCGUCGGCGGCGGCAGCAACCGGGACAGCGGCGGCAUCCCCGGGAUCCGCACUUUUAAGAAGAAGAAGCGGAACUGCAACUUCUUGUGAGGAACGAAACGUGCGUGGGUUAGCAAUGCAAUGCAAUGGAAAGCAAAAUCCCGAUUCCGAAUCUUAUUAUAACGAAAGAGGCGGCGAACGAUGAACGAUGACGGCUGGCGGCGGCGGCGGCGGUGGCACGGAGGCAAAGGCUGGCAAAGGCACAUGGCAAAUGGCUUUCUGGAUGGACACACGAAACGAAACGGAACCAACCAACACACUCACGCAAAAAGAAAGUGUCGGUUAAUGAUCAACUUUUGCAUGACAUCACAUUGACUACUUUACUUUAUUCUUUUUUUUUUUUUUUUUUUUUAUCA